CUUCCCUCCCCCCAUCUUACCGCCCCUUGUCCCUUCCCCCUCAGCCCUGUUCCUGAGACCGGUUUCCCCGGCGUGUGGGCACCCACUGGACCCUCACUUGUACCCGCUUCUCCUCUUCGGUCCCAACCCUUGUUCCUGGCACAGCUCCGGCCCGGUUUGCCCUGGACUCCCGGACCUGAACCAGCAGCUGAGACAACUGAGAGCAAUACAUCACAAGUCAUUCUCAAAGGAUAAUGUAUGUAAAUCUGAAGAGUGUGAAUAUAAGGCAACAAUAGGUAAAGCUGUAAUAUCAUCUGGAGACAAAAUUGUUAGUACAUUUCUUCCCAAAUCUACUGAAAGCACCUCCAAGGUUAUUCUAAAUGGGAUAGACAAAAUCGCUAUUUUGUCUGAACGUUUUUCCUUCAGUCGUUGAGCACUGUCUGACCAUCUGUUCAGAUCGACAUCACGGGAAAAAAAGUGGGGCAAGAGCAGAGCUGCUUUUUGGGGCUAUAUCAUUUCAAAUCUCAUCUUCAGAUGUCAAGUCCACCUGACUCGAUUCCCUGGUGCAUCACUACCCAAAUACACUUUCCCUGAGGAAUCCUUGAUAGUAAACGAGCAACAGUGAUACUACAACCACGACCAUGGACCCUAAAGUUACCGAAGGCGGUCUAAAUGUUACCCUUACCAUCCGACUGCUGAUGCAUGGGAAGGAAGUUGGAAGCAUCAUUGGAAAGAAAGGUGAAACUGUAAAGAAAAUGCGCGAGGAGAGUGGUGCACGCAUUAAUAUCUCUGAAGGAAAUUGUCCCGAGCGAAUUGUAACCAUCACAGGUCCAACUGACGCAAUAUUCAAGGCAUUUGCAAUGAUCGCCUUUAAAUUUGAGGAGGACAUCGAUAACUCAAUGUCGAACAGUACUGCCACCAGUAAACCACCUGUGACCCUGCGGCUUGUGGUACCAGCCAGUCAGUGCGGAUCACUGAUUGGCAAAGGGGGCUCCAAGAUCAAAGAAAUUCGUGAGUCAACAGGGGCUCAAGUCCAGGUAGCAGGGGACAUGCUGCCUAAUUCCACUGAGCGUGCUGUGACAAUCUCUGGGAUGCCAGAUGCUAUCAUCCAGUGUGUGAAGCAAAUAUGUGUGGUGAUGCUGGAGGUAGAGUAUAAGUCCCCACCGAAAGGUGCCACCAUCCCCUACCGCCCAAAGCCCGCCUCUGCCCCCGUCAUUUUUGCAGGUGGCCAGGUAAGAGCAGAUCCCCUCUCGGCCUCCGCAGCCAACCUCAGCCUCUUACUGCAGCACCAGCCACUGCCUGCCUAUACAAUUCAGGGACAGUAUGCCAUUCCACACCCAGAUGAUGCAUGCCUCCUGUCGGCUGAGUAUAAAGCGACACUGGCGUCGACCAUGUGGAGAAGUCCGCAGCUUACUCACCCAUCCUCCCAGCUGAAGGAACCUGCAUGGAGACCAGAGUCCUUGAGAGGAAAAAUCGAAUUAAAAAACUGUAACGAAGAAUCAGGAACCUGGGGUUUGGAUGCCAAUCCCCCGGCCAGUACUCAUGAACUCACCAUUCCCAAUGAUCUAAUAGGAUGUAUAAUCGGCAGACAAGGCAGCAAAAUCAAUGAGAUCAGACAAAUGUCUGGGGCUCAGAUUAAAAUAGCUAAUGCAGCCGAAGGCUCAACGGAACGCCAGAUUACUAUUACUGGAUCCCCUGCCAACAUAAGCCUUGCACAGUACCUCAUUAAUGCAAGGCUAACAUCUGAAGUCUCUGGAAUGGGCACACUUUAAUUGUUUCCUCAUCUCCUUCUGCUGUUUGUGUCAUGUUACCCACCUACAUAAACCACAAGUAACCUGCUAUCGCACCCUGUUUGUAAAAUUUGUAUAUUACAGUCUUGCCUCAUAGACAGUACUUAGAAUGUUAAAUUUUAAGGAAUUAUUCUGAACUACUUUUCUAAUUCCAAUCCUUUAUGGCUAGACCCUUCUUUCCCAUUGCUUCGUGCUUUAAUGUAGGUUUUCGGUUCCACAUUUAAAUUAACGAUUGCUUGCAAAAAAUGUAUUUGCAGACUAUUUCCUCUGUAUACUUUUUAGUUCAGUAAUUACUGGUAACAUGAUUGCAAACUCUUUUUAUAAAAAAAAAACCUUGAUGUAAUCCAAUUAUUUGUAGUUGUUCUAUUUGGUUAUAAUAAAGGAAGGCACAUGUCCUGCUAUGUGCUGAAAUACAACCUAUCACUAAA